AUGGGUUCCGAGGUCGACUCCGCCGCCUCGGCCCUCCUGCACAUAGUCCACUCGCGCCCCUGCUCGCCGGCCCCCAAGGAGGAGGGCCACAGCACCCCCUCUCCUGCGACUGCGGGGCCGGCGCCGGUGGCGGCAACCGGCGGCCGGGCACACUCCCUGACGCCGACCUCCGCCUCGCCCCGGGGUCGCUUUGUGAGCGGCCCCUCCCGGCUGGCUGGCGGCUCCUCCGAGCAAGGGCCGCUGCUCAUCGGGCCGGAUUGGCGGCUGCCGAUCUCCGGCGAUGUGGUGACCGUCGGCCGGCGCUUUGUCGAUGCCCCGGCCGCGGUGCUGCCCUCGGCCCUGGCCAGCCCGGCCGCCUACCGGGUGGAUUUGUUGCUGGCCGCGGCCGACAACAGGACCCCGGCCUCGCCCGAGGCCCAGGACAUCCUGCGCCUGGUCCGCAUGCCCGGGGCCCUGCACUGGCAGAUGCGCGUGCUCGGCCCGGUCAGUGUGCAGGUCGGUUCUCAGGUGUAUCCCCCCUCGUCGGCCCUGGUGCCGCUGCCCUCGGAUCAAAGCCACAUUCUCGGUGUCGGCUCGCACCAGUUCCAGUUUUUCGCCGGCGCCACGCCUGCCCCCACUCGCCGGUCGAGCAUCUCCCUCGGCACGCUCGAUCCCAAGCUCGAGAUGCCGCUCAUCCAGGCGGACCCGGUGUACGAGACGUCGCUCAUUGACGCGGCGUCGCUCCUGCUGGCGGCCACGUCCAGCAUGAGUGCGGCGGCUUCGCGUGCCACCAGCCCCGAGGCGCAGGGCAGCGGGCCCAGCCGCCCCCGGCCAGCUGGCGCCGCGGCGGCCCCCGGGUCCCCGUCGCCGGGCCAGCCGCACGCGGCGCAGCCCCCCCAGCCCCAGCCCCAGCGCAAGUCCUCCAAGCUGGCCAUGAUCCUCUCGCCGACCAUGGCCUCCGACACGGAGAUGGACGGCCCGGACAGCCCGUUCGAUGGCGGCCCGGCCGGUGACGCCCGGCCCUUCGACCCGCAUGACGGCCUGGCGACGCUCCUGUCGGCGGCCAGCUCGGCGGCCAAUUCGCUGGCCCCGUCUCCGGUCCCCGGGGCUCCCUUCUCGUUGCCGGUGGCCUCGGCGGUGCCGGUCAACUCGGCCCCGAGCAUGGGCUCUGGCUCUGGCUCUGGCUCUGGGUCUGGCUCUGGGUCUGGCUCUGGGUCUGGCUCUGGCUCUGGGACCGGGACCGGGACCGGCCUGCACCCGGACCUCCUGCGGCAGCUCCACCAGCAGGCCAGUGACUUUGUGCCGGAGCUGGGCUUCGCGGCCCUGCCCGACCUGACCAAGCAGUUCCUGCACCCGGCUUCGGCCGCCGGGCCGGGCUCGGAUGCCAUUGCCGCCGGGCACUUCCUCGGGUCCCUGUCCAGCAUGCAGCCCGGCCCGAUGGGCGGGCCCGCCGGGGUCGGCGGGGUCGGCGGCUCACAGGCCCCCCUGCUGGGUGGGGCCUUCUCCCUGAUGGAUGGCGGGUCGCUGGACCUGGCCAGCCAGGCGGCCAUGCUGUCGGCCGCCGGCAUCGAGCUCAACGCCCCGGGGGGCGCCGACUUCCUGGGGAUCCCGCGCCAUGGCACUGCCUUCGGCGGGGGGCUCAACACUGUGAGCGCCAUGGCCACCGGCAUGCCGGGGUCCGUCGACACCCACUCGAUGCAUUCCAUGCAUUCGAUGCUCCAUCCUGCCCAGCAUGCGGCUUCCUCGCAGGCGCUCUUCCUCCAACAGCAACAGCAGCAGCAGCAACAACAGCAACAGCAGCAACAACAGCAACAGCAACAGCAGCAGCAGCAGCAGGCACAGGCUCAGGCUCCGACCCAACUGACCGGCCUUGGGUCCGGGGUCAACGGGCUCUUGUUUGCGGCUGGCGCCUCCGUACCCCAGCAACAGCAGCAGCAGCAGCAGCAGCCACAGCCGGCAUUCACGACCCUGCCACAGGCAGCCAUGCACACGGCUGGCCUGACGGGCAGUCUGCCUGGCAACUUCCUGGACGCCGGUGCCAGCGGCGGCUCCUCGUCGGGGCCCCUGCUGCCGAACGGCCUGCCCCCUGGCCUGCUGUCGGCACUGCAGGCCAUGCUGGCCGACGGCCAGGCCUCCAGGGGCGGCCUGUCCCUCGAGCAGCUGACCCUCCUGCAGCAGGCCCUGUCGAUGGCGACGGCUUCGGCAUCGGCCUCCGGCCCGGGGCCGAUGGUCAUGGCCCCGGUCGGGGCCGGCACCGUGCCCGGGCCCAGCGCCGCCGGGCGUACGUGGAUCCCGGCGGACAUGGCGGCCGGGCUGGGUGCCGGGCCCCUGGCGGCCGGUCUGCGCCCGGCGGGCCCGAGCCACCAGGCGGGGCUGGUCUUCGCGACCGAUGCCGGGCUGCUGUCGGCCGGGGACUCGAGCUUGUCGGGGUCGGGCGCGGGCGCGGGCGCGGGCGCGAGCCCGGUCCCGCCGAGCGCCCCCUCGCCGGCGGCGGCGGCGGCGGCGGCGACGGCGCCGGCGGCCACCAUCAUGGCCGGGCCCGGUGCCUCUCCUCCCCAUUCCCUGUCGCAAUUGGCCCAGAUCGCGGAAAUCCUUUCGCAAUCGUCGCCCCCCACGCCGGCCGGCCCGGUCUCGGGGGCGGGUGAUCCUUCCUCCAUGCUGUAUGUGAUGCCCUUGGCCGGGGCCGGGGCCGGUGGCGGCGCGACGGCCGGUGGCUUCGCAGCCGGGCUUGGCCUCGGCGGGCCCACGGGCGGGUCGGCCGCCGGCGGGGCGGCCGUCGGCCUGGCCGGCGCCCCGGGCUCCUCGCCCGGCAGCGGGGUCUCCGCACCGACGAUCCCCUCUUCGACGAGUGGCGGGUCUGCCGCGGCUGCCACCCCGACCGCGGGCGGUCGGAAGCGCGGUGGCGGCGCCGGGCGCCCGGCCUCCGGCACCGGCCGCGGGCGACUGGCCGGCCGUUCUGGCGACUCGCCGGCCGCGGCCAGCACCACAGCCACCGGCUCGGGCUCGGGCUCGGGCUCGGGCAUGUCGCCAUCGCCAGCGGCAGCGGCCACGGCGGCGGCCCGGUCCACCGGGCGCCCAGCCAAGUCGGUUACCGUGCGCAGCCAGCCGCCGUCUGCCUCGGCCGGCGGCGGUCCCAGCUCGGGUGUCGGUGGUAAGUCGUCGGCGGGGGCCGGGCCCGCCGGCAGUGGCGGCCCCUCCGCCGGGUCGCAGCACCCGGCCGGGUCGCAGCAGCCGGGCGCGCUGGCGGCCGGGCUGGUGGCAUCUCCUCCCGGGCGCGGGGCGUCUUCCGGCGGUGGCGGCCCGGCCGGGUCCUCCACUCCCGGCGGGGGCGGGACCCCCUUCACGGAUGAGGAGUUCCGGAAUUGCGCGGAUCGCAAGCCGCCCUUGUCCUAUGCGUCGCUGAUUGCCCGGGCCAUUCUCUCGGUGCCGGAGCGGCGCAUGACCCUGGCCGGGAUUUAUGCGCACAUUUCCAAGCACUACGCCUUCUACCGGUAUUCCACCUCGCCCGGGGGGUGGCAGAAUUCCAUCCGCCACAAUCUGUCCCUCAACAAGGCCUUCUUGCGGGUGGCCCGCGAGGAGGGCGAGCCCGGCAAGGGGUCCUUCUGGACCAUCGACCCGCAGAGCGAGCACCUCUUCGACCAGGAUGGCAUCUACCGGCGCCGGCUGCGGACCCUGUCGGCGCCGUCGACGCCGCGGUCGCAAUCGCGCGCCGGCAGCCCUGCCGGCGGGCCCGCCAGCAGCAGCACCCCCAAGCAGCAGCAGCAGCAGCAGCAGCAGCAGGGCCGUGCCGCUGGGCCGGGCGCCAAGUCCUCCGGCGGGGCUGGGGCGUCGGCGGCCACCGGGCCGACCGCCGCUUCGGCCGCGACUCCUGCGGCGGCGCCGGUCCAGGCGCCUUCGGCCUCGGCCCAGGGAGCCCCGGCAGCCUCGAGCCCCGCGGUGACCCCUGCCUCGGCUCCGGGCGCGGCUCCGGGCGCGGCUCCGGCUCCGGCUCCGACCUUGUCCCCGAGCUCGGUCCCGACCUCGGCUGCGGCUUCGGCCCCAGCCCCGACCUUGUCUUCGACCUCAGUUUCGAUCGAAGAGGCCACCACGGCGUUGUUGCUGUCGCUGCAGCAGGGCAGCCCCGGGAUGGCCGGGUCCUCGCAGGCCGGGUCCUUGUCGGGGUCGGCCCUGCUGGCGGCGGCGGCCGAGGCGGCGGCCGCCAAUGCCGGUCUGUCGACCCCCCCCUCGCCAUCGGUUCCGGGCCUGACCCCGGCCCUGAGCAGCAAUCCCCCCGGGGGGGCCCCCCCGGCGCUGGGGGGGUCCUCCGGCGGCGGCGGCGGCGGCGGCGGCGGCGGCGGCGGCGGCGGGACAGCCAGUGGCGGCCCGUCGGCCGGCUCCUUCUCCCCCUCGGGGCCCGCGUCGAGCAUGUCCUCGCCUCAGUUCCAUGUGCGGUCGCAUGUCGACUUUGCCGGGUCGCCGCUGCUCGCGGCCGCGACCCUGCCCAGCCCCAAGCGCCAGCGCCUGUCCCCGGGCCCGGGCGCGGUGUAG